AGGAAAAAGAAAAACAGUUCGAAUUGGUUUGAGCCACCCCCCUGGGCAAAGAUCUCAGUUUGAAGGCUCGAACUAAAGCAAAGAUCGCAAGAUCCAAAUGGGAUCAUCACAGUUUCAGAGAGCACUUGCCGACAUGAAGAGGUUCUUUAUCGGCAGUACGGCUUUGCUCUUGCUCCUGCCAUUGAUACUAUCGCUGCUAUCUCCAUCUGAUGGAUUCAUUGUCGUCUCAAAAUCGUUCAAUACUCCAGAGCUCCAUGCAGGUGCGGCUCGGUUGUUGAAACCGGAAUCCAACACGAGGUUGAGGUUGGUAUCAGCAAGCCAGCAAGAGGCAGAGGCCCUAGAACUAGAGUUAAAGGAUGCGGAAAUGGUGUUGAGACAAGCCAUGCUGAAAUCGAAUGUCAAGGUUUUGGAUAGUCUCCUGGAUGACAACCUUUGGUUUACCAACCAUUUGGGCCAAAAAAUUGCCAAAGAGGACGACUUGAACGCUCACGAACAAGGUUUUGUUGAUAUUCAAGAGGUGGAUCUGUCAGAUAUGAAGAUUCGUCUUUUACCUCCUAGCAAUGAUGUCGGAGUUGUGACUGUGGCAACUCAUAUUGUGGGUUCGUUUGCAGGAACUCCAUUCGACGACACAUUGCGAUUCACACGCAUCUGGCAGCGUGAAGCAAGUUCCAGCAAAUGGAAGAUUAUUGCAGGGCACUCCAGUGUAGACCAGUCAGAAAAUACCAGCUAGCUAGCUACCUUAUAGCGUUUCCAGAAAACUUGGGGCUGUCGCUACAGUAACACAUGAAGUACUCUGAAGAAAUUCAUGGCUUCCAUUUUCUAGAAGAUUUCCUGACCUCCUUCCUGUCAUUCACAAUGCUGGCAAACAAUCAGUGCAUGCCAGUGUUUGCUAAACGGUCACUCUGCUUGCCAGUGUGAGCAGCACCGUUGCCAUUAUCCUGGUACCAAUGCCUUCAUUUCAAGGGGCAAGGACUGGGUAGACAGUUUAACCAAUAGAACCAAGUUGACGAU